AUGCGCACUCCUGGUCUAACCGACGCUCCAUUUUAAGAGAAAGGCACAGCUCCUUAACGCGACCACCUCGUACAAAAAACUCAGAAAGACCUUUUGUUCUUUGGUGUGACUUUACUUCCAAAGACACAUUAGAAAAGCACACGCCACAGCUGACCGCGUGAGCGUUUUAGAGGGCUGUUCACAAACAUAACCCCGCAGUGCUAACACAUCGGGCUAGGAAAAAGCAUCCGGGCCUUUGCAGAACAUUUGGAGCCGGAAGGUGAAGCCUGCCAAAAUGAGUGCUGCCUCGUCCCAAAAAGUUGUGUUGAAAAGCACAACCAAAGUGUCCCUGAAUGAGCGGUGAGACGUCAUGCACGCUGUCAGCAACACAAACUGGGCCUGUGGUGUACCCCUGUGCACACUACUGCACAUUCCACAGUGUUCAAAUGCCUUUAAUUUUGGGUUUAGCCAGGUUGACCUUCUCUAAAACAAGCAUGAUUUUUGAAAGAGGUGAACGUGUGUGUGGUCAUAUUGACAUGGCCCACACCUUUGUUCUUGCACUCUCUGUCCUGGUGGAAAGAAUUUUACAACCAACUAAAAUAUGGGGAGCCUAUAAGUAAGGCAGCGGCAAAUAACGCACUUGAAUAAAGCACACACGAUGUCCUCGAUUCUGACUUUAGUUUCCUUGUCCCUUUGACAGAGGGCCCAGUCCAAGCAUAGACGUGACCAGGUGCCCCACAGCUCUCGGUGAGUGGAAUGACCUGAGUUACGGUCUUUGCUGUAAGUGGCUGGGUUCCCAAGCACCUCAUGUCCAGGCCUCCCCCAACAAGGACUAAACUCGAGGCACGUAAGGGGCACAAUGUGCUUACUAUUGCUCUCUCUCCCUCUCGCUCCUGUCUGUUAUUUUUAGGUUAGUUUUCUGUUAAAGGUUGCCACUGCAAUUGGUAACUACAUUAACACCACAAAGAGUGUGUGCAAGCAAGUGGAGGCUGGAAAGCGGCUGCAUAAAUUAAGACAUGACAUUGAUGUGGAACCCUGCUUCCUCCACCCGUAUGUCCUCCUUUUACUUCCUCCCUUUUUUCCUCCCAAUUUUAAGCUUUACUAACAUGCUGAAGAACAAGCAGCCCACUCCAGUAAACAUUCGAGCCACCAUGCAACAACAACACAUGGCAAGUGCUCGCAAUCGCCGCCUUGCCCAGCAAAUGGAGAACCGCCCUUCAGUGCAAGCUGCUUUGAACCAUAAGCAGAGCUUGAAGCAGCGGCUGGGAAAGGGCAACAUCCAGGCUCGACUUGGCAGGCCAGUGGGACUGAUGAGAGGAGCUGUAGGAGGCAGAGGACUACGCGGGAUUGGACGAGGCAUGGGGCGUGGGCGGGGCCGUGGAGGACCUGUGCUUAGAGGAGCUCUAUCUCUCAGAGGCAAACGCAUGGGUGGAGUGCCAAUGCGAGGCCGUGGAUCUGCUGGAAGAGUGGCCAUGAGAAGAGGAGGCCGGCAGCGUGGAGGCAUGCCAGGACGUGGAGGGGCCUUGUCCAGAGGAGGAGCUCGCGGAGGAGCUGCUAGGGGCCGCGGGGGCUUGAGGGGCCGGGGUGGUUUUGGAGGCCGUGGGGGCAGAGGCAGAGGGCGUGGCCGUGGCUUGGGUCGCCCCACAGUGACCCGGGAGCAGUUGGACAACCAGCUGGAUGCCUACAUGUCAAAGACCAAGGGCCAUCUGGAUGCAGAGCUGGAUGCCUACAUGGCACAGGCAGAUCCUGAUGCCAUGGAGUGACCUGAGCUGGCCUACACUGGUCUCUGGCUUUUUUAUUUUUUAUUUUAGCGUUACUCUUGCUUCUCAGUGUAUUUAUUUUUGUUAACUGCACAAAGUCAAAACUUUUAAAUUCUGUUUUGUACUGAAAAUAUAUACUGUUUACUUUGUAGGGUCCAAUUUGUCUUUUUUAUCUCGACAAAUUGUUAGGUUUUAUUCAAAUGAUACGGUUUUAAAAGACUUUUAAAGAAAACCUUUAAAAAAUAUGCAUUCAGAGGAAAAAAAACUGACCUGCCAUGGCAUUUUCUGACCGAUUCUUUUUU